GGAGCGGCGGCGGCGGCGGCGGCGGGAGGGUGGCGGAGAGCGGCGGCCGCCGCCGCCGGGAAGGAUGCGGCUGCGGAUCUACAAGCGGAAGGUGUUGCUGCUGGCGCUAGCGCUGGCGAUCUGUGCGCUGGCGCUGUGGGGAAGCGGCGGCGGCGGGCGGAGGCGGCAGCAGCAGCAGCAGCAACGGGGCGGUACCGGUACCACCGGGGAGCCACCGCGGGUCAGCGAACCGCCGCCGCGCCGCCCCGCUAUGAACGUCUCGGCUGCAUCUCUGGCACCGCCGGUGCUUACUGAGAACGGGACGCUGAGUUACCGCUCGCUCGUUUACCGGCUGAACUUCGACCAGCCGGUGCGGAACGCCGGGCGCUUCCCGGCGCAGUCCGCAGCCGCCGCCGACGUGGUGCUGGUGGUGCAGGUACACGAUCGAGCCGAGCACCUGCGGCUGCUGCUGGAGUCGCUGCGACGGGCACGGGGAGUGGAGAACGUGCUGCUGGUGCUGAGCCACGACCUGUGGGCCGAGGAGCUCAACCAGCUGGCGGCACAAGUGGACUUCUGCCCUGUCCUGCAGGUCUUCUUCCCCUUCAGCAUCCAGCUUUACCCACGCGAGUUCCCCGGCCACGACCCCCGCGACUGUCCCCGUGACGUGGGCAAGGCAGCGGCCCUGCGCCUGGGCUGCAUCAACGCUGAGUACCCCGACUCCUUUGGGCACUACCGCGAAGCUCGCUUCUCCCAGACCAAGCACCACUGGUGGUGGAAGCUACAUUUCGUCUGGGAGCGGGUGCGGGCGCUGCGGGACCAUGCCGGUCCUGUCCUCUUCCUGGAGGAGGACCACUACCUGGCACCUGACUUCUACCACGUCCUCAAAAAGCUCUGGGCCCUGCGUGAGCAGGAGUGCCCCGAGUGCCAGAUUGUCUCCCUGGGCACCUACAGCCCUGUCCGUGGUGGCUUUGCUGGCCGUGCUGACAAGGUGGAGAUGAAGACGUGGAAGUCCACCGAGCACAACAUGGGCAUGGCCUUUGGUAGAGACACCUACCAGAAGCUCAUUGAGUGCACGGAUGCCUUCUGCACCUAUGAUGACUACAACUGGGACUGGACUCUGCAGCACCUGACUGUGUCUUGUCUUCCAAAGUUCUGGAAAGUGCUGGUUCCCGAAAUCCCCAGGAUUUUUCACACAGGGGACUGUGGCAUGCACCACAAGAAAUCCUGCAGACCGUCCACCCAGAGUGCCAAAAUCUACUCCCUCUUGAACAGCAACCAGCAGUACCUGUUUCCUGAAACAAUGACUGUCAGUAAAAGGUACUCCAUGGCACCCCUUUCCCCUCAUGUGAAAAACGGAGGCUGGGGAGAUAUUAGGGACCAUGAACUCUGUAAAAGUUACCGCAGACUUCAGUGAGGAUCAUUCUCACAGCCUUUUUCUUUUUGAGUUGAUCCAUACUGUCUUUUACAGGCACACGUGUAUAAAAAAAAGCAUUUAUGAGUUGGUUUCUGCUUUAAUAUGAAUAAACAUUCUUGUAAAAGGUG